GCGAAUAAACUAUUAAAAGAUGGAUGAGCAAGAUUGGGAGAGAAGAGAGACGGGUCGGGUUCGAAAACCUGGAAUCUCCGGACCCACUCAGAGCAGAUUUACUCCGUCUCAAACAUUGGACGGAGCAAGGUUGAGAGGAGGUGAAACCAAUAUUGGAGAAUAUCUCACCGAACCUUCUGAUUAUGGGUUGGAUCGUGAAAGGUUGAGUUGGGUUGAAAAGAAUGUAUGCAAGGAUGGGGAGAAGAGGGAGGAGAGGAAGGAGAGGGGCGGAGCGGAUCUGAGAAGAAUCGAACCAACGCCUCACGGUUACAAAGAAGAAAGAAGAGUGAAUUGUAAAAAUAGUUGUCAAGACAAUUCCCUGAUCCCCGUUUCUAAUUCCAAUGACAGGAUCUGUGGGAAUUACUCCGGAUCUUCAACUGAACUCGUCAAAUCAAAUCUAAACCGGAACACAGCUCUAUCUUCACAAGGAGAAGAUUGGGGUGAAAAAGUACAAAUCUGUGUGAACCAGGGACCGGAAAAACAGAUUUUUGGGACGAUCUGUCUUCGAGUUACAGACGAAAGACGAAGGCCUGAGGACGGACGACUCCAAGGACGUUUUGAUCGAAUCCGAAAGAGAUCUGGAGUUCAGGGUUCAGUUCUCGAGUCAGAAAGAUCCAAAUAUCGACCAGUUAUAAUUAUAAAAAACAAGGGUCGGUUUAAGAAUGAUCGCGGUCCUGUUCGGAACAUGGUAUCUCUCCUUAAAUUUAGGAGAAAGAGUGGAGAGAAGUUAAAGGCAAAAGAAGCAGAAAAACCAGAAAUUUACAAAUUAAGUUCCGGAGAGGUUACUGUUGUUUCGACCUCAGAUCUGCGCAGAAACUCAAAUACCUGCAGUGCGCAGGUUCACCACAGUAAGCAAUCAAUUAAUUCAGUGAAAAAUGAGCACAGCGGACUUAACCAAAAUGUUUUUCGAAAAGUCCCCUGGCUGGCAGACUUUGAGAAAAAUGUGACAAUCACAAGAAUCUCAAGAAACUCAGUUACCCAGUACAGUAGUGAUAUAAUAACUAGUCAUUGUGAUUAUCAAUCAAUCAAUCAAUCGAGUGAUUCGUCCAGUAAUCUUCUUUUCAACUCGUCUUUCAACCAGCCAUCGUCACAAUCAAUCACGCAAUCGAUCAAGCGACGCAUAACUCAAUCGAUCAAUCAGUAUCAAGAAACUGUCCAAUCUAAAAAUCAUCAAGAUUCAGCUAAAGAGGAGGAAGGAGGGGAAACCACAGGAAAAAGAAGAAAAUCAUCCCUUUUUCUCAGACUCAAAAACUUCCGCAGUCUCCAGUCUUUAAACAUUCCAAAACUGUUUAAUCUCAGAAAGUUAUUACGAAAGGAGAAUAGUGAACCCAUUCUUAAAAUGUCUGAAAGAAAUAAAACCUCUCAAAUGAGUAUUGUUAAAUAUCUUGAACUCGGAAAGGGUCGGUUUUCUCAGCAAGCAUUCAAGCGGAGACCUGAGGAUAUUAAAGCUAUUUUACAACCACAGUUUUCUCUACGCGACCUCUUCUAUCUCCUGCACAGCGUGAGUGCGGUUCCUCGAUCUAUUUGGGGCGCUGCGCUGCAAACCACGGUUGGACCACGCCGGUAUUUUGGAACUGUUUUCCGACGGACAAUUCUAGGCACCAGAGAUCUACAUCAUACAGGUCCCCGUAUAUUCGCUCGUUUAAGCAGUCUUCUGCAUCUUCCAGAGGAGGUGGCGCUCAUUCUUCAAUCUAGGGAACAGUCCCUUUUCCCUAGUACAGAGAGUAUAUUGAGGAGUAUCAGUGUAGAGCUCAGCAAAGGGAAAGAAGACGACAAUACAGAAACCAAUAUGGCGGAUAUUCAGCUGUUUUCAAAACUGACGAGUGAGUGGGCUGAUAGCUCAAUAUUGAGCCGAAACAGUAAUUCAGAACAGAGUCGAAGUUUCUCCCUACUCUUGGCUGUUUGUGAAACCAGUAUUCAGCUCAACAACUUCAAUACAGCAUACUCUAUACUUACAGUACUAAAAUCCCCGCUGCUAAAAAACCACCAAGAAGUUCACAAGACACGUUUUCAACAGGCUCUCAAUGUGUUUAAGACUGAUUACUCCUCCCAUCUGGCGGCAGCUUUGCAAACUAGUGGUUUCCCGCCAAUUCCAGCAAUUUUGCCUCUUCUGAAUCAGCUGAAACAGCUGUUGAACAAUAAAGCAUGGAUAUUUGUAACCAAAGAUCUUCAACUUCAGGAGCUAACUGAGUACACUGGAUUACGAAGGAUCCAGGACGGAUUAAGGACUCCGGACGUAAGGCUAGGACAGAUCCAGGACGGAUUAACUUCUCCAGGAGAAGAGCCAGGACGGAUCCAGGACAGAGAAGAGGAAAUAAACCGGGAGAAGCAUCUGAAUGUUGAGGAUGGAUUAAAAAUGUCUGAAUAUACUAAUUGCAUUCAGCAACCCUUGGCAAGACUCUUCUCCGCUGUUUCCUCCAUACAAAGACGGUAAAAAUUCAAAAUUUCAUUUCAAUUUUUUUGAUUUAAAACAAUAUAGCAAAAAUAAGAACAAUACACAAGGCUUACAAAUGUAGAACGAGGUAUGACUAAUGAGAAAGUCUACGUAAUUUCAAGUAAACUUUUAUUCAUUUAGUUUCCGAUUCAAUACUGCACCCUGUAAACCUUGCUUUGCCUGAUGUGUACAUUUUGUUUUGCUAUCUCAAUUUUUUUACUAAAAAAGUGAAUUUUGCAGCACGGACAAGGAAGAAAAAUCGCAGAAUUUAUCUAAAACGACGAUAUCUUCCUUAAUGUUACCCUGCCAAAGGAUAAAAGGGUACAAUACUCUUGCAAUGGAAGAUUACUUGAAAUUAUGUCUGCAGUAAAAAGGGCUGAAAAAAA